AUGGCCGACCCCGACACUCGAGAGCACAAACGUUUUCGCCUCUCCGCCCCGGACGCCGUUACGGACUCCUGGGACUUCCUGUCACCCUGGUUCUACCAGCUGGAGGAGCGCCUCAUGGUCAUCUCAGGCGACUACUUGGAGGUUCUCGAGCCGGACUCACGCCGUCUUUCAGUCGCUCAGACCGAGAACGAGCAGCCCGAACGUUAUGAAGACUACGACUGGCGCACGCGCGAGGCGCUGGAGCUGCUGGUGCUUGUCCAUAGUGUAAACAACCAAGCGUGGGCAAAACUUCUACUCGAAAAAUGCGCACUGAGGUUCGAGAAUGAGGAAGAUUACUUCGAUGCGAAUAACGACGACGACGACGGCCCUCCCAUUAACGAUACUGAAGCAUUCACGCUGGAGUGCGAGCACGAGCGAGAGGUGCCGCUGUCACCCCGCUUCCAAUUCCGUGUAUUGAUUGGCCGCCAACAUACUGGUAAGUUGUCGCCCGUUGCCAAGUGGAAAAACUUUUUCCUCUCGCACACCUCGAACUAUCAGCCGAGCCCGGAGUUCGUGGACGCGAAACGGCGGAUCUUGGCCAUGCAAGACGAGGAAUUCAAGAAACAUCCUCGUGUACCGCGCUCUAUUGAGAUCCCUGUGUCACUCGAGGUGUCCAUGCCCCGAGAGAGCAACAAAGAUGUGUGGAACGCGUGCUCCGAGUUCUUGGGGCUGGAAUCCCGAUCGGGGCAUUGA